GGUGGCGCAGAGGACCUGUUGGAAAUGACGGUAGAAGAAGUCGGAUUUCAAUAUAAAGUCCAAAACAGUAAGCCUGGAAGAUAGCAAAGAAACUUCACCAGACCUGCGUGUUAAGGGGUGUGACUCACCAUGGAGUCUCUGAUGAGUGCGGUGGGCCCCCGGACCCCGGCCCUGUUGAAGAAGGCCUCUGAGGUGGACUUCCGGUCGGGGGCCACACUGGAGCAGCUGUCGGCCCAGGUGUCUGAGCUGGUCACCCUGGAACAGGGAGACUUCGGGGACCAGCUGGCCCUCGAGGUCCACACGGCCAAAGACUUCAUCUUCAACAUGCUGGGCCUAGUACAGAAGGUGGACCAGCGUCUCCCGGUGGCCAAUGAGUACCUUCUCCUGUCUGGGGGUGCCAGGGAGGGGGUUCUGGACCUCAACCCAGAGGAGCUGGGGGACUACGCCAAGGGGGCCGACUUCGACCUGGACUUCACCCUCCUGGUGCCUGCCCUCAAGCUUCAUGAUCGCAACCAGCCGGUCACCCUGGACAUGCGCCAGUCGGCCCCCUGCCACUCCUGGCUCUCCCUGCGGCUCUGCGACCCCAACACCCAGGCAAGAUGGAGGAUCUGCUGCCAGGAGGAGACAGACUUACCCCCUGACGAUGAUGAUGAAGAAGAGAAAAGGGAAAUGGGUCACAAAGCCUCUGGUGCAGUCCCCCCCUCCCUCUACUCGCCCCACCAGUCUCUGGAUGGCUGCUACAUGUCCCCGGCGCUGGUGGCUGACUGGUUCUGGGGAGUGGUGGGUGAGGCGGUGGACGAGCUGAGGCGUUCCCCCAAGAGAGGCAUCCCCGUCCCGGAGAGGCUGGAACGCAACGGGCCCCUGACCACCCUCAUCCUCCAGGCGGGCUCUAGCCGGGUGCUCUAUGACCUGCUGCCAGUGGUGUCCUUCCGGGGCUGGCCCGCCGUGGCCCAGGGCUGGCUGACGGCCAACCACUUCUGGGACGGGAAGAUCACGGAGGAGGAGGCCAUCUCUGGGUUCUACCUGCUGCCCUGCCCGGCUCCGCUGGGGGGGAGGCCCGACCGGGAGUGGAGGCUGGCCUUCUCACGCAGCGAGGUGCAGCUGAAGAAGUGCAUCCCGUACCCCAUGGCCCAGGCCUUCCAGGCUGCCAAGGCUGUCCUCUCCCGCCUCCUGGCUCGCCCCCGCACUGGCCUCAGCCCCUACCACCUCCGCACCCUCCUCUUCUGGGCCUGUGACCGCCUACCGCCCGCCUACCUCUCCUCGCCUGACCCAGAAACCCCCGCCCGCCUCCUGCUGGGCCUCCUGGAUGAUCUGGCCCACUGCAUCCUGGGUAAGAACUGUCCCAACUACUUUCUGCCCCAGUGCAACAUGCUGGAGCACCUGUCGGACAGCCAAGCCCUGCUGGUGGCCCGGAAGCUGGCCCAUGUCCGGUCUGACCCGACCGAGCACCUACGGGCGGCCCUGGACCAGGCCAGACAGGCGAGCCAGCUGAAGAGGGAAGCGGCGAGCGCUACCAACGGGCACGGAGGGUCGCCCAGGCAAGGUUACCCGGCCAGCGGCAUCAUCUCGCCCUCGGACGACAAACUGGCUGCCAGGCUGCAGCAGCUGGUGACAGAGAACCCCGGGAAGUCGAUUUCUGUUUUUCUCAACCCCGAUGAUGUCACAAGGCCGCACUUCCGCAUCGAUGACAAGUUCUACUGACCUGAGAGUAAUGGUGUGCUAACGACACACACUCUCUUCAAAACACAUGUAAACGGCGAGUCAUCUAGGAUGGCUCGAGAGUCAAAACACUACAGAGCCUCACUGCUCUCCUAUCCCGCCCCCUCCUGGAGGCUAACGACAAUGAUGCUAACGCUAACAACGCUGCUGAACUAUGACACUACCAAAAACACCUUUGCACACUCCCAGGAGCAGGAGGCUGACCCUAGAGAGCCCCAGGCUACAGAAACCAACACUCUUCUAUCCAUUUAGUAGUGAGUGAUGUCAUAAAGAGACCUCACCACAGGAAAAAGGCUCGUUGAGUUACCACGGAGACCGCUGCUCUUUUAUGAGCUUGCCGUAACGAGAUGUUAAAAACAAAAAAAAAUAAAGAACCGCUUUAGAGUGAAGAAAGUCUUCUGCUGCUCCCAUUCAAUGGCAUGGCGUACCCAAAGGGUUUCUCCUCUCUCCACACUAAUGAGAAAUACUGUAUUUGCCCCUUUUUUCCCAAUGCCCAAUCAAAGUGGGUGAUAGUACCAGGAUUCUCCAUUUUAUACUCAACUAUGAUGGAACUGAAUGUAAUUUGGUGUGGGGCAAUGUCUUUGAACAAAUAGUAUUUUCUUUCUAUACUUUUUAUCCCUUUUUUUCUGUUUGCUCUCUGCCCCUCUCGUUCUCAUACUUCCUUUCUCUCUCUUUCCCCUUCUCUCUCAGGUAUUUUUAACGUUGUUUAUUGUUUUUCUAUGUGACUCAGACUUCCUCUUGGAGGGUUAUGGUUCCCCUCCAUCUAUCUUGAAUGGUAUAACCCAGGGUUGUCCUUCCAUUUCAACACUUACUAUGUGACGUAACGCACCAAAGAUCCACUGGAUGGGUGUUUCGAGGAGCCUUUGCUUCUUCAAUCUACCACCCCAUAAGAAAGUUAUCUGUACUCACUGACCCAGAGUCAGUCUGUACUCUUAAAGGAAAGAUUCACCCAUUUUGAAUGCUAUAUUAUUUUUGUUAAUCUCUGAGCGACGUUAUAUCUAUUCCCGGGGUAAUUUCAUGUUUAUCUGAGCUAUUGCAGUUCAAGCACGCCGAAAUAAAGCCGCUCUCACUACUCUGGAAGUUAAUUUAAAUACGACUUUUAGAUCGCGAAAAAGUCUAUCAUACAGGUCAGAUUUCAAUACUGGCUUGGUUAUUUUCUCUCAAAUUAGCCAAUGAUCAUAUUUUUUGCAAUAUUCCUACCUCGAAAUUUCUUAUGAGGGUCCACCACAUUUCUCCUAUUUGUCUGCUUCUUCAGUCCAGAGUGCAUUGUAUGGUGCCGUUGCAUGGCUAUUGCGAAUGUCAGACUCCUCUCUGCGAGGUACAUCGAUCUGCAGGUUGAACGUGGUGAGAUUGUAGACUCCUAAAUUCAUAGUGCAGUUUAGGUGAUUUUUACAGCCAACUCGCUACUUCACAUGCUGAUAUUGUAUUUGGUGUUGUUGUGUCUAGCUACACUUGCUAGCUAGCUACCGACCAAGUUAGCCAGCCAGCCCAUAGAGGGAGCAUUGCAUUGUGGGUUUGGUAGUCGAUCUGAGCUGCAACAGAUUUCCACAUGUUGCUACCAACCUUAUUAUAAUGACAAAAUGAAACAUUUGUUCACCAGAAAUAUUGAUCUCACACAGUGUUAUUUAACACUGUAAAUUAUACAAAUUAGUGGUUUUGGGCGGAUUUUGUCUUUAACGCUCAUAUUCCCCACCUUUACCUUCCUGACCAACAUGCCGAUCAGCGGUCACCUCAUCAAUUUGCCUCGAUUCAGAGGGGUUGGGUUAAAUGCGGAAGACCCAUUUUCAGUUGAAGGCGUUCAGUUGUACACCUGACUAGGUAUCCCCCUUUCCCUUUAUCCCAUGAAAGCUCGAAGCAGCAGUUUAUCAUCAAAUAAGGGUAAUAUCAUAGGGGCUAUAAACUUUAAUUCAGUUAUUUUCUUACAGUCCCUUUGAAAAUGUGUACCAUGGUACAGUUUACAUUGGGGCUCUAAUGGUGGGAUGUGGUCAUUAAAUGUUGUAUGAUAUUAACAAACUACCUAUAUGGAGACAGGUUGGUGCGGAAAGGAGGAGAGGUACGGUAGGGUUAGCUGCUGAAACGGUUGGCACACUGCUCGAUUGUAUUCUAAUCUCCAUGUUACGAAAUGAAAGCACUGCCAUUGCUUGGCAAGGCUACAUCAUGUCAUCUGUAUGAGGCUUGUGUAAGGGCUAUUUUCUUUGUUCCACUUUUGUGUGUGUGUAUGAAGAUGGGGAGGUUUUCAUGGUUUGUGGUUGAAACUCAGAGGAAAAGCUUUUUGUCUUGUCUCAGAUUUUAAUUGGAGGAAACUUGACUGGUUUUGUAAUGGUCCCUCUCUCGCUCUUCUGCUUGGUUUGCCUGUUUUAAUAAGCUGUGUGUGAUCGGACCACUGAUCAAGCUCUUUAAAUGUGCUGAUGUAGAGCGAGUUAGAGAUCCAAAGAGAUGGAACAGGAGCUAAUGCACAGCAGGACACAAACACCCAAUGUGUUAGCCUCCUUUCUACAUCCCCUUGUGCCCUCCUCUCUCUCUGUGUGAGAGUCUUGGGGGGCCUUAUCUUGUCCACCCAGAUGUGUUGGAUGGGGAGACGGGCCAGCCUCUGGCCCUUUGUACAGAUUAGUGGUAAAGGAUGGGGCUGCUGGGAACUGGGACAGCUGCUUGUCUCUCUCUCGUUAUAUAUCUGUCUCACCUUCUCAUUAUAUAGCUGCGUCUGUCUCUUCUCACUUCUAUAGCCUCCCAUCCAAUGAGUGGAAGUCACAUCUCCUGAAUACAAACAGUAUCAACACCUUUCUAUCAUCAGAUUGGCUCUAAUCGGCAUUGGCUUAGACCGAGGGUGUGUCCAAAAUGGCACCCGAUUCCCUAUAUAGUGCACUUCUGCCCCAUGGUCUCCGGUCAAAAGUAGUGCACUGCAUAGGGAAUAGGGUGCCAUUUAAGAAGCACAGAGUAUCAGAGGUGCUUGUUGAAUAUCAUUAGUGGAACGUCAUGGUGGACAUCACUCAAGCAUCAUCGGAACACUAAAUCAAAUAACAUUUUAGUUGUCACAUGCGCCGAGUUCAACAGGUGUAACCUUACAACAAAGCAGUUUUAAGAAAAAUAAGUCUUAGGUAAGAAAUAAAAUGAACAAAUAAUUAAAGAGCAGCAGUAAAAUAACAGUAGCGAGGCUAUAUACAGGGC